AUGUCUACCUCUACCAUUACGCCAGAGUCGAUUCCAGGCUUUCAUGCCGUUGGGCGAACCACUGGAACGACAGUAGACUUGGAGGGUCUCUCAUUCGUGACAGCCUGCCCACCCGAUGUUGGCCCAAGAACUCGCCUCAUCGCAGUUUGUGGCAUCACCGAUGACUAUGGCCUAGCUAGUCCAAAGAAGGACGGUUGGCUCUUCUCGGACUUUUAUCUGUUUCAUUACCUCUUUUCUCACCGCCAUGGGCCAACACCAUCUCAGAUCUGGGUGACUUGUGAAAAGCCUGAAGACCUCGUGCGGAAGUACACAGAAUACGCGCAUGGAGAUCCAAAAGGAGAGCGAAGAGUCGUACUGGACAAGAGCAUGAUACCAGGGAUUGAACAAAGUGGCAGCUUACGUGUUGUCUCACGGAAUGAUCUUCUAGGGCGUUUCUUAUCCACUCUGCGCGAACAAUCGCUCCUGGCUAAGAAUGAAAAUCAGCACUUGGUUGUCUUGGUUUUUGGUCAUGGGGAUUCGGAAACAUUUGGCGUGGCUCUCGGCGGAGACGAAACAAACCUCAGAAUCGAAGACGUCCAGCGCGCUCUACAGCCUGACACACCUGCCACACUGUUCUUGACAUCGUGUUUCUCUGGGGGCUGGAUUGUAAAGCCGAACGCCAUGACAUCCAAGCCUAUCAAUGCCACCGGAAUCACUGGAGCAGGACCACGCGCAGAGAGCCAAUCUUGGCCAGUGAGCUCCAGUAUCGGUCGAGCGUGCGGAAGUAUGAUCACGAGUGCAAUUUUGCAAACCAGUAUCGCGAUCGAGGAGUCACAGGAGACUGCUGAAGUUCACCACGACCCCACCUACAUCUCAUUUGCGCACUCUAUAUACGAUUUGUAUAAGAGGCUCGAUCGUUUCUCCGACGAACGAGCAAUCCAUUUCUCUGCUCAAGACGAUCAGUGGGGGCUUCACUUCAAACAUCGCUGUGGUAUACCGCUGUCACAAUUGAAGUCACGCUGGGAGUCACUGCGCUCCGUGCCAGCAGGGAAUUAUUUCGCUGCAAGUUCAGACGAGCUUGGUAUGGGCACUAGACUUCUUGGAACGGUCAGAAAACACAGCAAAGUGAAAUAUGCCGCACGAUUCUAUUUGCAUAAUGCUAACCCUGGUCAACACAAUCUUGCGUCAAACAUUGCACUCCAUGGCCAACUGAUGGGCUUGCUCAAUGGCACGCGGAAAUUCAGCGACGGGGAACUUGAUGAUAUUUUUGAAACACUGAGGUAUCGACUCGAUGCACUCGCCCAAGCUAACAGCCUUGCUACGAUUAUGGGGGUCGCUAAUGAAUCCUUUAACGCGUAUUCAUUUAAUCGUGAGCAUUGGAAAACAUCGAAAGAGCAAGACAAGCUCGAUGCACUCGCCUGGCGGUUGCUAGUUGACAAAAGGAUAGUAGACAAACCGAUUGAGGGUCGUCCUUGGUACAAGCCUAUCUAUUUUCUCUGUGCUUGUUUAGCCACGUCUGGGCUAGACUCCAAUGAAAUCCAGCAGAGAGUCGCAAUUGCAGAAAGUUACAAACGCAGACAAGCAGAAGCUAUCUCGGAGUUGCAUGGUAGCCAAAUCACGAGGGAUGAGGAAGUGAUCCGUCGCCGCGAUAUGUUGGUGAACAAAAUGAAGAGUCUUGGGCAUCAGGUUCGGGCAGUUUUUCGCGGCUAA